UUUGCCACACUUCAGUGGCGUCGAAAGGUUUAAAAUGAAGGUAAAAAUUAUUUGGCUGGCCUUGGAUGUAAUUUGAUUUUCUGUUUCCAGUUAUACGAGAUGAUGCUUCGAUCACGCCUGCCUGAACCCUUUUCUCACGAUAACUUUUCAAGAACAAAAUUUAUUUUCCCAUCAGUUCAAACUAUAAUUCAAUCGUCUUUUUGGGGCUCCUCGGCUCAAAGUAUCAUACAAAAAAAAGAAAUGAAAAAAAGGUCGUAAGAAGAGCGUCUUUGAUUUUUGUGUGGGAAAAUGUAUAAAAGUCGAACAUAUUAAACACCGUGUCCUCCUUCUAUUGUUAAAACUGAUUGUCUAUAUGUUUUUUUUUGCUUCAUUCAGAUUUGCUACAUCGACGACAAGAAGACAAAUGCCACUACGGAACAGUAAUUAAGUGCAAGUAGCGCGCCUCUCAAGGAGCAAAAGAGAUCCCCCUCCAAACAAUAGCAACAUUUAUCGACCAUUGGUGGCGACGGUGGCGACGGACCAUCGGUUGGCAAAAAAACUGGACCAUCAAAUAAAACGACAAAAAAAAAACAUAAAGCUGCUCCCCCUUAGUCCAAACCGAAAGUUGAAGAAAAAAAUUGAAGAAAGACGGGCAAGGGUGCAAACAUGAUGUGUGUCCCCUUUUCGUGUUUUGUUCUUAAAGAACUGAAGUGGAACUUUUGAGCCUCCGUUUUUAGUUCCCACACAUACUCACAAAUACACGGUGUUUUGGUUUCGCUGUCACUGCCAAGAGAGAAAACUAUCGACGGAGUAAAAUGCUGUGCAAAAAAAAAAAACACUUUCGUCGUAAGAGCUUGUGGUGCCGCACCCUGUCAAGGGAAAUCAAUAUUAAAAUCAAUAUACGUUUAUAACGAGUCGCUUUGACCGUCUCAAAAUAAGGAGAAAGGGUAGGGGAGUCUUCCCACAACAGCCAAAUUGAGGAAGUCCUGGUGGACGGUUCUCUGAGGUUUCGUCUGGCUGAAAACAUUGGUCGUGCGUGAACAAAAGCGGGAAGCAGACACUCUCCUGCCCUUUUUUUAAAUUACGAGCCUACGGGCGGGACGGCCGCGUGUCUUGGAAGACGGUUUUUUCUCGUUGUACUUUUUUGUUAGCGCUGUUGGUGUGUUGGGAUUGUUCACGGCGAUUUGUUCCCACCGAAUCUCCCCAUAAGAGCCUGGGCAUCAUUGCUGAUCAGUGAGGAAGGAAAGCAAAGUUCGUCCCGUGGACCGACGGUCCCGUAAACCACUCCCCUUCGGUUGCGCUUGUUGCGCGCUCUUCGGGUGUGCGGUGCCAAUGCUGUCCCUCUUUAUUUGCCGGGAAGUGGAAGCGAGAGCCGCAGCAACACAAUCUCUCUGGUGUGUACCCCGUCGGUCCGGGGUCUGGCAGCAACGCUGCAACUCGAUCCGUUUGUCGCUUGGACGCAACAAGUUACCAGCCGGUACAGCAUCUGCAACAGCGCCGAAUGUCGCACGCAGGCGGAGAACUGCGCAUGAUACACGUAUAAAAGCGGCUCGCCCGAGUGUGUCGGAACUUUAGUUUCUUCGGAACCGUCCACAUCUAGACUUCUAGAGCUUGAGCUCUCGUGCACGGUUUCGAAGCACUUUUGAGUUGUUGUGGAAAGAAUCAGCUGUAAAAAAUCUCGUGUGUGUGUUGGUGUGCGUGCGUGCGGUGUGUGCUAGUGAAGCUGAUAGCCGUUAAACGACCCAACUCGUCGGGUGCAAAGGAUAUAAAAAAAACAUUCUAGCGGGUGUCACGCAUUUGUUUGCGAGUCGAGUCAUUCGCUGUAAAUCAGGCUAAGCGAGCAUGGCGGUCAAAUACGAUGCGGAUGCGGACAAGGAAGGCGUCGCCGGUGGGUCGAAAGCACCACCAUCCUCACCAAUACCCGACGACAAUCAAACAGAUCCAACCUUUCAAGCCCUACCACCCAUGAUGGAGGAGCAGUACGUUUACUACCCGGAGGACGUGUUUGUGAUGAUACAGGUCGUACGCAUCAGAUGGUUGCUGCGCCUGAUUAUCACCCAUCUGGUAUCUCAAGUGCUGAUAUCUUACAUGGAUUAUUCACCCCAGGGACAGUAUAUGUGCCAAACCGUAAUGUUGGUGUUGAUGUACUAUUAUGGCAUUUAAAUGGUAACACCGAUGCUGAAGCAGAAGAUGAGGAGUAGAAGAAGGAGGGACCAUAUGAUGUCAUCGAUACGCCCAGCGGCAGCCAGCAGCAGCUCAGCUUCUUUUCUGUUAGUAUGGACUCGGAUCGGAGGACACGUUUUCGAGUUCUUGGACGAUACCAAACACCACCGCAGUCAUCCUGUUGUUAGCCACAUCAACCAUUUCACCUAUCAGUAGCGUACUUGAGAUUCUGUAGUGGUUUUUGCUACAGUGUGUCAUCUCCUUACCAUCCUACAACAUCCUUACGUAAGCGUGUUAGGGAUGGGAAAACAAACUUAGAUGUAACCGCUCAAAGUUUGCAGCGAUAGACCAACUGCGCGAUGGUUUAUCGCUCCACACUUUGUUUUGUUUUUCGUUUACUUCUUCUUAUUAAUCUUAAUGGGUUCAGUUUUCUAUAGUAUUAAAAUGAAUCCACCUGUACAUAUAGGUUCUACCAGCAUCACUCUCCAUCCAAUUGCGACAUGCAAUCGAUACGGUGCCUUUUUGCCCACUGUCCAACCCCAAAACGCCGGCUCAAUGCGUUUGAAUGGACUUUAAACGCAUUUGACGCCAUCUUGUAAAUAUUUCGACACGAGGCAAAGAGGUAACCCCCCACUAGGAAUCGACUUGCACUGACAAGAAGAUGAAUAAGCUAGUUUAAGCGGAAUAGUAUCUAAGUUUAGGAAAUAAGGAACAAUAAUACCUAAGUUUAGGAGAUGAGGGAUUUACCCUUUAGGAGGGUAAAGGCGUGUGUUGGUUGGUGUUUAGCCAGCACUAAUAGUUCGUUUGAUCUGAACUGUUAUUUGUAUAAAGUCCAGUUCAACUACCAAACCAAGGGCCGGGGUAUCUGCAAUGUACAAACAUGGUUUAGAUGUUUGUUUGUUCCUUCGCAUUGUUGCGAAAGACAAGCAAAACUCGAACCAUUUUAGGCGAUAAGGUUUUCUGUUGAAGUAAAAAUUAAGAUAAGUCUCACUUCAGAUUUGUUUAGCUGCACUGAGGUGUAAAUGCGCAGCUGUACCUGUAUGAAGGCUUCAGGGUUCGUUCUUAUUUGCAGACUGUCCAUAAUAUAAUGUACAAACAGAUUGUACGACAUGUAAAUAUCGGACACGAAGCAAAUAAGUAACAAAAUUAGUUUUGUAAGAUCCGAGUUAUUUGGGAAGGGAUUUAUAGCAUAAAAAAUAACAAUAAUAAUAAUAAUAGUAAGGAAAGUAAGAUGAGAAGAUAAAAAGAACUAAGUAGACAUAAGACGUGGAAGAAUGCUAAGAAAAAUGGUAUAAGGUAAGGUUGGGAGAUAUAAAUAUGAUUAUAUCUCUUAGCUUUACCUUGUAGACUAUAGAUAUGUAUAUAUAUAAAUGUAUACAUAUACAUUUAUAUAUAUACAGACAUUUCAACAUUUCUAUUAGAUUCUGGGAAAUGAUCCACUGUUAGUAAGGAAACACGUGCGCAGGAGCUCUUGUAGGUAGUGCUAGUAGGUGCAAUGUUUGAUGAGGCCGGCAAUCAGGCAAACAAGGACUAUAAAAUUGUUCUAGAUUUAGAAAAAGGACUACGAAUAUUGUCUACUUCUUUAUUCAUCAAAGCAUUCUCAUACUCUUGCAAUGUGUGUCCAACAAAAAAAGAGGUAGAGAGCGAUAGUGAUCGCACCACUUGUUGCCAGUUCGGAAUGGAACUCACGGCGGCUGCUCUAAUCGAAGGUGCUCGUACAAUCGGGCUGUGAAUAAUCCCUGUUAGUGUUGUUGUUUAUAACAUUGUUAUCAUCACACGUGUCUACAUAUACUUCCUGCAGGAGUAUUUUCUCGCUUCCUAGCCACAUGCCAAUAAAUGGUGCGCACCACUUUGCUGCUAAAUGUUAGAAAGAAAACCAUCACUAUUAUUAGCAUCGGCUUUAUCAGCUGGGUGCAACUACUAACCAGCCGUGUAUUAGACAACAACAUAAAGACUUGCAAAUAGCCUUGAAGAGAUACUAAUAACCAUCGUAUAUAUGUAAUCAAUCGCGUACAGUAGUGGAAACGUUUCCUCCUACUUUCGGAAAUAAAUAAUCAUAUGUGUGUGUUGCACUUGCUUUCUGUGUCUACAUACAAAAAAACAUGCUUUUGUGUAUUUAUUUCGAUUUGCUUCACAAAUAACAG